AUGUCCGGCUCCAUCAGGAGGAUCUUCCUGUGUCAGAGGGGCUUAGCGGAGUUGGAUGGGAUCUGUUACGGGGACGCUCGAUUCGACACCGUCAGCGAGUCGGGAACGGCCACACUGAAGGCCCGGCCCCGCGUGAGGCCCCUGCUGACCUUCCUCCCUCUGAAUGCCCAGGAGAACCAUGGGCUGGCUGUGCCGACUCCCUCUGUCCCUGAAGAUUUUGCAGGCAAAGAUGUGGCAGAUGGCAACUCCCUGGUCAAUGGCAGCCUCCGGCUCUACAGCUCUGUGGGGGACCUGAGGCUGGAGCACUCUGGCCUGGAUCCGCUCAUCCCUCCACCUCCACCAGGCCCAGCCCCCGGGCCACCCCAGGACUUCCCACAGCCCCCGGGGGAGUCCCCGCCACCACCACCCCCUUCCACUGCCCCCCGUUUGUCCAAGGUGCCCCCGCCAGCCCCGGUCCGUACCUCAUCUAUGUCACUUCAGGAAGCCCAAGGGGCUCCCCCAGAGGAAGAGGGUGCCAUCAAGAAGGCCCCCAGCCGCCUCCUACUGCCCCCCAGCUUCCACAUCCGCCCUGCAUCCCAGGUAUACCCCGACAGGGCCACCGAGCAAGACCGCUCUCGGGAACCCAGGGCUGGGGCUCCACCCAGCCCAAGGCCCAGUCAGGCUGAGCCCCCCACAAAUGAACUAGCUGGGCCUCUAGUACGGGCUGCCCCUCCAGCUGCUGAGUUCCCAAAGCACCCCAAAUCCAGCUUGCCUGCUCUCAAACCCACACCCAAGUCCAAACCCAAACUCCCCACCCCAGUGCCUGAGGGCCCCUCAGAGCCAGCAGACUGGCGCGACCCGGACCAGUUGGAGCAGCUACGGAGCCAGCUGGCAGCCUAUUUCUGCGGCCCCAGGAGGGAGGACAGAGCCCUUGGUCGCAGGCUGGGCCCCACGGUGGCAGCUCAGGACAAGGAGGGCAAGAAGGGCCUGAACCCCCCAGGGGAGGUGGCGCCCCAGAGACUGCCUGAGAAGAGGACCCCGGAGAAGACACCUGAGAAGACGCCCUCGGGUGCUCCCGAGAAGGGUCCCAGCCUGCCCCUCCCCCCAGUGGACUACGACCCCCAGGACGCACCCACCCCCAGUGUCCAGCAGAUCCGGAAGGAGCUGGAGGCCCGGCUGUCUGCAUCUGCAGAAAAGGACGCCAGGCCCAGUGUGGGGUCCCUGCCCCCCAAACCCCAGCCUGGAGGGGGAUCAAGCUUGACAAAUGGGACAGAUGACAGAUCCCCCAAGCCUGUGGCCAAGGAUCUCCCGACUCUGUCUCCCACCCCGCAGCCGACUGCACUGCUGCAAACCACAGCCGCUCCUGGGCCGGCUACCGUAAAGCCCUCCACGCCAUCCCACCUGACGGCAGAGAAGAGCUGGGUCCCAGCUGAGCGAGGUGGGCAGCAAGAGCAGCCAGAACCUCAGGAAGGCAUAGUGCCCUCCCAACCAGGGCCCCAAACACACCUGACAGGGCCCACUGGGCCGCCCACACCCAAGGACCGGGAAGAGAUGCGGCUCUUCUACAAGCCCCACAGCCACCGGAGCAGCCCCAGCCUCGAGGCUGCCACAGAGACGCCCACACUGGCCAGAGGAGAGGCCACAGGUCCAGGAGGCCCUGUGGGGGCUCGGGGGCCCCAGGUUGGGCCAGCCACACCCCCAGUCCUAUCCCCUCCCUCUGAUCAGCCGCUUCGGCACCCAGUGACCGGGGAGGUGGUGGAGCGCGGGUCUCCGAUGGCCCUGCUCCUGGCAGCCAGGCAGCGGGCGCAGAAGGGGCGGCCUGGAGGGCUUGCCAUGGGAAGGUCCUUGCCAGGGAGCCUUCGUGGCCACGGGGGCCUGCUGGAGUCCAGGUCCGAUGGCGUCUUCCCCAUGGACUGCAAGCCCAACUCCUUCACAGUGGUCCCCAAGGAGGCAGACAAGGUCACCCUGCUGGCCAGUGAGCGGAAGUCCCCGGGGAGUGCAGAACCAAGCUCGCUGCCUCAGUGGACAGCAGUGCAGCCCCGUGGCCCCAGGGGGACCUGGGACAGACCUGUCCCCUCCAGCCUCCCACAGGACCCCUUGCUCCCCAGGUCCCUGUCGUCGCCACCCUCACCUUUCUGCAGGCAGCAAGACAAGGAGGAAGAGGAGUUUACUUUCGAGGUCAUUCCGCCACCGCCUGAGUUCAGCAACGACCCUGUGCCCUCGGCCCCCAAGGACCUGGGGCGGCCGCUGGGCCUGGCCUUCCCACGCGCCCUGGCCUUCCCGCGUCUCCCACCUGCCAUGGGCAGGUCGUACGUCAACACGUUCACCGUGAGGCCCGGGACGCGCCAUCCCAUCUCCUACGCCUACCCUCGAGCCCACCGGAAAGCCACACCCUGAGCCUUCGGCUCUCAGCUCUGCUCCGAGGGUUUGGGCCUGGGAAUUUGUCAUUGUGGGGGGUGGGAGGGUCGAAGCAGAGUCAGCCUGAUCCAGACACGGAAGAGUCUUGGUUCCCCACAGACAGACGGCCAAUGAGGACAGGAAGCUGAGAAAGGAGCCAGGGCUUUAUUCCCAGUGCCGUGGUGUGGGGGGGCAGGGCCCUGCAGGUGGGGGUGGGGAGGGCCAGAAGGGAGAAGAGCAGGAGUUUUACGCACUCUGAGCUUCUGCUAUCUGCUACCAUUCGCUUUAGUGAUUCACUGAAAGCGGUCUUGCAAGCCCGGACUACUGAGCAGGUAGUCUUCCCUGGGAGCAAAGGCUAGGUGAGAAGUCUCCCCGAAAUCCGUGGGGCACUGGGUGCUGCGGGGUGGGUUCCCAUCCACAUGGUCCUGCUCUUAGCUCCACCGAGUCCCAGGCAGAGACACUUGGUGAGCAGGGACAGGAGGCCGAGGAUGAAGGCUGCUUUCCCAGUUCAGACCCAGGCAGCCCUCAGGAUUGGGCGCGGGGAGCCACGGUGACAGGCCAGGUCCCGAGUGGGGGUCCCUGACCCCACUGUUACUUAUGCAGGCCAAGAUGCUGGCAGGCCUUGAAAGCGGAAGAUGGGAACACAGGUCCCAGAGAAGUCAGGGAAGGUGUUUCAGGAAGUCAGGAGAACCAGGACUGGCCAGCCUGAGCAGGGACCUGUGAGUGGGGUGACCAUUUGUCCCGUGUCCCAGCAGGCCAGACAUGCCUGUUCCCAGAGAAUUAGAACCCUUUAAAGUCCAGCUUGGUAGGACAGCAUCAUGUUUGCUCUCAGUUUUGUCCCUGGGCCCCAGCAGUAGGAAGGCAGGGUUGGUCCCUCACAGGGCCGGCCAGCGAGUAGCUUCCCUUGGGAGCAAGAUACUGGAUCAUUAGCCGAGGUCCUGGGCUGCGGGACAGACAGCAAGUGAGCCACUUCCAGGGAAGACAGCGUAGGGUGCUUAGCACUUCGGUGGCCCCGGCCAGUCAGCCUGGAGAGACAGGGUCCGGGUCCCCAGGUUCAGGAUGCAGCGCUACACAACGCCAGCCCUAGCUCUAGAAAUAUGCAUGUUUCCUUCGCCGCAUUUUAGAAAAGAGAUCACUAAUUCAUCUGCGGUGCUGAGGCUUGAGGAAGGAGUGUGACACUCGCUCUGGGGUGGGUGGAGAAGGGCUGCGUCUCCCUUGGCUUGGGAAAUAAACGAGCCAGUUGGGACUGGCCUCCCGCUCUGCCCGAGACGAUUCAGAGCUCCUGGGUGUGGGAGACGCCGAACACAGGGCCUCCGCCAGCCCUGCUGCCCCGCCUCAGGUUUUCCUGUUCUCCAAAGCCCUUGGGGAAGAGCAGAGCCUAGGUGAGUGUGAGCUGUCCACCGGCAAGGCUCUUGAACUCUUCUGGACACCACAGCAGUGUUUGUCUCCUGAGGCUCUGUGAAGAUGGGAGACGGCCAAAGCACUCAUCUAGCAAGGAUUUGGGUGGCUGCUGGGUGCCGGGCAGUGUGCUCGGCACGGGCGUACAGCCGUCCACACACGGCCCUGACUCCUGGGCAGCAGUGGAGAGAAUAAAAAGAGUACAGAAUCGUGGAAAUGAAGCUUGCUGCA